UGGGGUUAGUUUGCUUCUUAGUUUAAAUAAAAAACAAUUAAAUUUGUAAAUUAUCUAACCCAGUGUAAAUAAAAACUCAAGUAAAUUAGAACUUGUCGUAUAGAAUCCACAUAGGAAAAGGAAUUAGUAGCUUUUUAGCAGAUGUGUUUACUUUUUUAUAUACAUCAUAAUAACAAGAUUGGCUCAAGGGCCAUAUAUGCAGAGAAAAUCAAAACCCUAGUUUCUUGUUUUGCUACUAGUUCUUUUCUUGCUUGGGAGAGAAAUAAUGAUGAUAUCUGAUCUUACACCGGAUUUGUUAGAAGAAAUACUCUGUAGGGUUCCGUCAACAACUCUAUGUCGGUUGCGAUCUACUUGCAGACGAUGGAACUCUUUAGUUAAGGACCAAAGAUUCACCGAGAAGCAGUUUCGUAAAGCUCCAAAGCAGUUUCAGGUUCUCAUGUUGAAGGAAAAUAAGUUUUGUCCAAUGAGCGUCAAUCUCAAAGUUGCUCCUCCAUCUAUAGAGGUUAAGGGUGCAGUUGGCCUCCAUUAUAAUUUAGAACAAGUGGAUAUAACCCAAGUGUUACAUUGCGGCGGUUUGUUGUUGUGCUUCACCAAUAACAAUAGACUCGUUGUGUGGAAUCCAUGUUUGGGAGAAACCAGGUGGAUCCAACCCAAAACUACUGGUUAUUCCUCUAACUUUGCUCUAGGAUACCAGAAGAACAAAUCUUACCAUAGCUACAAAAUCUUGAGGUGCCGGCACGAUUUCCAACUAAACAAUACGUCUGAAAUCUAUGAGUUUGGCUCUGAUUCAUGGAGGGUUCGUGAUGACAUUGCUCUCGACUGCAAGCUCACACUGCCAAAUCAGGUGUCUUCACAGGGAAAUACUUUCUGGCUUGCUGAGGAUAGAAUUUUCAAGAACAAAAGAUUUGUACUCAGUUUUGAUUUUACGACAGAGAGAUUUAAACGUUUCUCCCUGCCAAAAAAUCCUCCUUCUAUCAUGUCUCUAUCAGUUGUUAGAGAAGAACAACUCUCAGUGUUAAGUAUGCAUUGCUUUGUUUCAAACAAGAUGCAAGUAUGGGUGAGCGAUAAAAUUGAUAAUGAAGCAGUAGCGUUAUCAUGGAGCAAAUCCUUUAAAGUGGAUUUCCAGGCAAUUGACCGUCGUUUUCAAAGUUUUAUGGUGGACGAAGAGAAGAAGGUGGUCUUGUGUUGUGAUUCAUGUCCUUGGAUUAGUAGCAUGGUGUACACUUUUGGAGAAGACUUUGACUCUUACACAGAAACGCCUUAUGUUCAAUCCAUGCAGCUAGAUUUCCCGCCAUUCAUCUUUAGUUAUGUUCCAAGCUUGGUUCACAUCCAGCAAGAUUAGACAAAAGAAGAGAAUCAAUCAUAACUCUUCUUUUC